GGAAGUGUCGAUCUCGUUUACAGACCGCCUCCUUCUUCUCAGAUGAUAGUGUCGCAUGCACUGAAUGCUCAAGCUGCCGGUCAACAUUUUUUAUGGGUGGGCUCAACCAGGGCUCCAAAAGGAGGUACAAAAUGGCAGACAAAAAGAGUCACCCUGUGCCAGUUCUAGUGAGUCAAGAAGAUGGGGUGUAUUAUGAUCAAGAAAGAGAGCUGGUACAACGAAUGAGGGAAGACAUCCAGAAUGAGCCUUGUCGUAUUGACGAUGAAACUGAGAAAGAAUUGAUAAUAGGGGAACCUGGAUUUCUGACAAGGCAAGAGGAGGACUUGGUAAAAAAACUGAUACAUGAAAGACAUGGGGCAUAUGCCUUCAACGAUAAUCAACGUGGGAGGCUGGAUGUGGACAAGAUAGAAAUGAUCCGCAUUCAUAUUGUACCUCAUGAGUCAUGGAAUGUCCGAGGAGCUAAGUAUCACAACCCCGAGGAUCGCAGAAGGGUGGUAGAGUACCUAGAUGGGAAGAUCCGCACGGAUGUGGCAGGGUACUUCAGAGGACCAUAUGCCUCUCCCUGGUUCUGUUUUGUAAAGCCAAAUGGGGUACUCAGAUGGGUGCAAGACCUCCAACGACUGAACGCGGUAACUGUAAGGGAUGCAGGAGGUUUGCCUAACGCCGACCAGUUGUCAGAAGCUUGUGCAGGUAGGUCGAUUGUGUUCCUCAUCGACCUCUAUUCCGGAUGCAAUCAAUUUCCAGUCUAUUUGGCAGACCGUCCCAUCACGGCGAUGCACACGCCAAGAGGAUUAGUUCAUAUGAAUAUUACGCCACAAGGAUGGACCAAUGCCGUGACCAUGGUGCAACGGAGCAUGAUUAGGGUUAUGCAGCCAAUCAGCCCUCAGAUCACAGAACCAUAUAUAGAUGAUCUUGCAGUUAAGGGCCCGAUUGAGAAGGACGAGUCAGAAGUGGUUCCAGGGGUGAGAAGGAUAAUGGAUGAGCCGCUAACGAUCGAAGCAGGAGUCCAACAGGCAGACGAGCAGGUAGCCAUGAUGGGAAGAAUGUACUACCUGAGAAAUACACUGUUGCAAGUCCAAAGAGAAAUAGUAAAGACCGAUGAAAUAGUUAUUGAGGAUAAUUACGAGUUCGACGAAGAGAAGGAAGGAGAGUUCGAACAAGAGGAGAUUUCAGAGGAAUUCAAGGAAGAGGAGUAUGAAGGAUUCUAUUUAGAAAUGGGGUUGCUCCUCUCAGGAGAUAAAAAAGAAAGAGAAGUGAGUGAGAAGACUCUCAGGAUGAGAGACCACUAUGUGGUAAGAGGUGGUCACUUGUUCAUCAGGAAUAAGAGGGGGCCGCCACGACGUGUCGUGUGUGGAAGGAAUCGCCAGAUUGACGUAGUAGCUGCGUUGCAUGAUGGGAUAGUCGGAGGACAUCGGAGCUUCGCGGCUACUUACAAGAAGGCGAUGGAGCUCUACUACUGGGAAGGAAUGUUUGAGAUGACGCGAAAAUAUUGUGAGUCGUGUGUACCCUGUCAAAUUCGAUCGCCUAUCAGGUACAAGGAACCCCUACAUCCUAGAUAUAUCAAGGAAGUAGGGGCGGUUGUUCACCUGGAUCUACUAGCUAUGCCGCUAGGUCUUGGAGGAUAUAACUAUAUAUUCGACGCAAGGGACAAUCUUACUGGAUUCGUUGAUGGCAGGGCGAUCAGGAACAAGACCCGGACAACGCUGACAGAUUGCAUUAAAGAGUAUUAUCUCAGAUAUCCGUUCGUAUUGGAGUUUACAAUGAACAGGGGGUCUAAGUUCACGUGUGGGGAGGUGAAGGAGUUGCUCAAGGAAUUGGGGUCACAGGACCUGGAGAACAACUUGACUUUGGAGGAACUGCUAGAUCUAAGGGCAAGGCAGAUCAGCGCCACUGAAGAAAGGGUGCAGAAAGCAACCAUGAACGUUGCAGACAGCAGGGGAAAGGAUAAGGAAAGGCAAGAUCAAACAAGAAAAGAGAGACUACAAGAGAAGGGGCUAUGGAUUGGAAGAGCGGUGGCUGAGCCACAGGGGAAGGAGGCAGAAAAUGAAGAAGAAGAUAAUGUGUCUCUGAAGAGAUUGAAGAACAAGACGAGGGUCUCCCCCAAGAGCAGCAGCAAGGGAUCUGAGCGGGAUGAGGGAGAUGAACAGGAAGAGGAGGAGACAGCAGAGGAGAGGAAAAGAAGAAUGGGGGCAAGUAUGGUACCAAGAAGGAAAAAACUUGGAAAGAAAAGGGCAAUUGAGAGUGGAAGGGAAGAGGUACAAGAAAGGAGGAGUGAAAAAGGGGGAGGAAUGAAGGAAGCUGGAGAAGGGAAGACGAUCCAGGAAGGAGGCAAGGCUCCCAAGGUCAAGAGGACUGAGGAAAAAAGGCCGAAUGGGGACAGAGGAAGGGAAGAGACAAGUGAGAUAAGAAAGAAGGAAGAUGAGAGGGAUGCCCAGGUCGAAAAAUUGAUGAGAGAUAUGAAAGAGAUGAAGGAGGAAAUGAAGGGAUUGAAGAAAGGGAAGGAGGAAUUACAGAAAGAAGUGAGCCAAUUGAGGGCCGCCCUGACUAUGAGCGACGGAAAAUUGGAGAAUGAAGCGGUCACGAUAGGAAGGAUGGAAAUAAGGAUGGAUGACCUGGGCCCUGAGGUCAGUGUGCUGGGACUCGACCUAGACAAUGAAAUCUCAGAAAGGAAGAAGUUGGGACAAGAGUGGGAGAAAAUAUGGGAUGAGAUAUCGGUAGGAAUGGAGGGACUCAGACUGAACCAUCAGGAAAAAGAGAAGGAAGCCACAGAGAUGGUGGAAAGAAAAAAGUGUGAAGAGAAAGGGAUACAGACUGAGGAGAAGAGAGAUGAACCUCCUGCACCAGAAAAAGAGGUGAGUGAGAAUGUGGCUAUGGCUCUGCCAGGACAGGGUAAAAGACAAAGGGAAUCCCAGUUGGACUCACCAAAGGAGGCUGAGGAUCAGGCUGAGGCUUCAAUCCAGCCAGACAUAAAGAAAAUCAAGCCUAGCAUGGUUGGAUAGAGGUGUUUCUUCUGCACUCAGGAAGGACACCUCAGGGAUGAGUGUUCCAUUCUAGCAAUUUAUAUCAAGGAAGGAAAAACCAAAUAUGAUAGUCAUAAGAGAUUGGUGGCCGGCACAGUGCAGACCAUUCCCAGGAUACCUGACGGAGGCAGGGUAGCACUUCACAGGAUACUGGGACUGCCAGUUGAUUUCUAGGUAGGAAUAGGUAGAUGUUUUGAGUAAACUAUAACUUGAACU